GAGGUCCUGCAACGCCUGAGAGACUUCCAGCUCUUCCUCAAGGCUGAAAAAUGCUCAUUCCACCAGUCCUCAGUGCAGUUCCUUGGUUAUAACAUCGACCACAGUGGCAUCCGGAUGGACGAGGGGAAGGUGGCAGCUAUCAAGAACUGGCCAAUUCCCACUACCGUCAAAGAGCUCCAGCGUUUCCUCGGCUUCGCCAACUUUUACAGAAGAUUCAUCCAGAAUUACAGUUCCAUUACCAGUCCACUUACAAGCCUCCUCCGCAACAAGCCCAAGUCUCUGUCCUGGACUCCAUCUGCCACAGAAGCAUUUAACACCUUGAAACAAGCCUUCACGACCGCUCCACUCCUGGUGCAUCCCGACCCUGACAAAGCCUUCGUCGUGGAAGUCGACGCCUCAACCACCGGAGUUGGAGCGGUAUUGUUGCAGCAGCAGGGGAACCCCGACUCCAUCCAUGUGCCUUCUUCUCCCGCAAGCUCAACCCGGCGGAGGUGA